GUCAUCCGCCCAUCCGCCUCCCCCACAGCCAGGCUCAGCACAGCUCUUUAGCCGGUGAAAGCUUAGGUUGGACAGCACGGGUGCCAUUUGGCGCAGUAUUGAGCUUCAUCCUUCGACAAAGGGCGUCCAGUUAUUUAUUCAUUGUCGUAGUUGUGAAUUUUAUUUAAUAUAUUUUGCCUUCAAACGUUCACGAUGAGCUCAAUUAACGUCAAAAAGUUGAAAGUUAACGAGCUGAAGGACGAGCUGAAAAAGCGUGAUCUUUCGGACAAGGGACUGAAGGCCGAGCUGAUGGACCGCCUGCAGGCCGCGCUGGACGAGGAGGCCCUUGCCGGUGAUUCCCUAACGGACCAAGAAGCUGUGGCGGUCGAGGGUUCCGGCCAGGCCGCCGACCAGGAGGGCAUGGGAGAGGAAGAAGAGGGCGAGGGCCCGAUAGAAGAAAGCAUGGAGGCCAACGAGGAGGAGGAGGAGGAGGAAGAAGAAGAAGAAGAGCAGCAGCAGCAAGAACAAGAACAAGAGCCGGAAAAUGGGGGCGACGGCGAUGGCGUUGCCGAGGACGAAGAGAUGGGUGAAGGGGAAGAGGACGGAGACGAGGACGACGAGAUGGAUCCCAUGCUCAAGGGAGAUGUUGACGACAUGGAGAAAAUAGAUACAGAGGAUGGUGAGCCUGCGGAUCAGACUACUGAGGGGGAUGCGGACAAAGACACGAAUGCUGAUCAGAAGAAUAAGAAGGGUGUUAAGAGACGCCGGGAGGAACAUGGAAGGGGCUACUUUGAAUUUAUUGAAGAGAACAAAUACAGCUGGGCCUCAUUUAAGUCUCCUGUGCCACCACUGGAGGAAGAAGAUGAGGAGUUUGAUGACACAAAAGUCUGCCUGGAUACCUACAACUGCGACCUGCACUUUAAGGUGUCGCGGGACCGUUACAGCGCCUCAUCUCUCACAAUGGAGAGUUUUGCUUACCUCUGGUCCGGAGGCAAGGCCACCUACGGAUUGAACAAAGGCAAAGCCUGCUUUGAGAUGAAGAUUGCAGAAAAAAUUCCCGUGAAGCACAUUUCCAGCAAGAACAUGGAGAUUCAUGAUGUGCAGGUCGGCUGGUCUCUGUCUACUGGCACCCUCCUCCUUGGUGAGGAGGAACAUUCUUAUGCAUACUCUGGGAAAGCCAAGAAGACCACCAACUGUGUGACAGAGGACUUUGGAGAAACGUACGAGGAGAAUGAUGUCAUCUGCUGCCUUAUUGACUUUGAGGGGGAUGAGGUGGUGUUGUCCUUCGCCAAGAAUGGCGGGGAGCCGGCUGUUGCUUUCCAGGUCAACAAGGACACUCUGAGCGGCCAGGCCCUUUUCCCCCACGUCAUCUGCCACAAUUGUGCGGUGGAGUUCAACUUUGGCCAGAUGGAGACUCCGUACUUCCCUCUGCCCCAGGGUUACACCUUCCUGCAGCAGAUCCCUGUGGAAGACAGAGUUCGGGGGCUCAAGGGCCCACAGACCAAAGCCGACUGCGAGAUUAUAGUGAUGGUCGGCUUACCAGGCUCAGGGAAGACUACAUGGGUGAAGAACCAUGUCCAGGAGAACCCUGGGAAAUACUACAUCCUGGGGAGUGACACCAUUGUGGACAAGAUGAUGAUCAACAGCCUGAAACGCCAGUCAAAGGACAUUACAAAACUGAGUGCCAUUUCCCAGAGAGCACCCCUUUUCCUGGGGAAGUUUAUUGAGAUUGCUGCCCGAAAGAAGAGAAACUACAUCCUGGAUCAUACCAACCUGUCUGCCCCAGGCCAGAAGAGGAAAAUGUGCUUGUUUGCAGGCUUCCAGCGCAAGGCUGUGGUGGUCUGCCCAUCUGACGACGACUACAAGGAGAGAGUCCAGAAGAAGGUUGAGAGUGACGGCAAAGAAGUGCCCGAGCACGCCCUCUUUAAAAUGAAAGGCUUCUACUCUCUGCCUGAGGAGGGAGACAGCUUCAGCGACGUGGUCUAUGCUGAGCUGCAGAAGGAGGAGGCCGGCAAGCUGCUGGAACAGUACAAAGAAGAAAGCAAGACGGCUCUGCCAGCUGAAAAGAAACCCAACCAGGGAAGUACAACACCAAAAAGAGGAGGUGGCCUGCGCGGAGGAGGUCGGGGAGGCAAGAACCAGUUUGGCCGUGGAAGUGGACCCGGACAGAGAGGCGGUGGCCGUGGAGGCUUCCAGAACAGGGGCAACUUCAGAGGAGCUCCCGGCCCUCGUGGUGGCUUCAACCGUCCACCUCGCGGCUUCCUGCCUCCCCCAGCCUUCAGAGGAGGAUUCCAUAACCGUGGAAACUUCAACCGGGGUGGUGGCCCUAUUCCCAGCCUGGGGGGAUCCCCCAGGGGCGGACCAAUGAGGGGCAACAUGGGACCUAGAGGAGGACCCAUGAACAGAGGGGCCCCAAUGCAUAGGGGGAACAUGAGCAGAGGAGGUGGCGCCAACAUGCAUCGUGGAGGAUCCAGGGGACAUCACAACCAGUUUCAACAGAGAGGUGGUAAUCGCGGCAACUAUGGAAACUUUGGAAACAAGAAUGGAAACUUUGGUAAUAACAGGAACAGCGGCAACUUUGGCAACAGGAACGGCAUGGACAAGGCCCAAGCCUUCAACCAGAGCUGGCAGCAAGGGUUCUGGAACCAGAAGCCAUGGAGUCAGCAGUAUCAGCCUGGAUAUUACUAAGACACUUCUUGUAAUGGACUGGUGGCCCACACUGAGACCCACCACUAGCCACGGAACAUCCCUCCACCCCGCUUUUUGUUUUCCUAGAACCCACUUUUAAUAAUCUAAAAUCCACCAACUGACAAUGAAGACCAGUGUGAUAUGGAGCAACAGCAUUCCACAUCAGGGAGGAGAGCAGGCACCCUGAGUGUGAUUGAAGCUUUAUAUAUCUAGGAACACAUGUACAACAUGGGUUCAGUCUGAUUCCGUUAUCAGUUUAUUUCUUUUGUUGUACAUUUCAUCUUUUUCACCACUUUUAAAUGACGUGCUUUUAAAGAAAUCUCGUGUUUGUAAUAUCAGGAACCAGAAACAUUUUGCUAGCCCGGCAGAUGUUGAGAAGAUUUUUUUUCAGGGUUGUGCAUUUUAUCUGUGCUGUGAUUUUUGUUUUGCUUUUUUUAUUACAAAUUGUACAUAUUUGUUUUUUUUUUGCGUAGUUUGUAUGAGAAGUUGAAAAAAAACUAAUGAUUGAAAGGAACCUUGGCUUAUUAGCGAGAAGCAUGGUAGCUGAUUAUAUUGUUAGGCUGUACGUGUCAAUAGAGUCCACUGUCUAUCAGUUAAACUGAAGCAACAGAUUAAUUGUCUUGUUCCCAGUAUCAAACCUGUAACCUAAACUCCAUAGAUCUACAAUAAACAACUUGUUGGAUUUUUUACAUUCUUCCUGGCUUAUGACUUUUGAUUCAGUUCAAAGGUGUGUAAAAGACCUUUGAAUGGGCGACGUCCUAGUUUGCUACUUCAAACAGUAAGGACAUCAGCCCCACUACAAGGUUCCAGUUUCACCUCAUUAGUCAAGUAUUCCCUUCAAGUGUCUGUCUUUGAUAUGUUGUAGCUUUGAGAUUGCUUUGAGAAAGUAUUUUGGCCAUGCCAUUUUAAGGAUCCAAGUAAGCAUUUGUAAUACUUUUAGCCUUUUUUUUUUUUUUUAUUAUUCAUUUGUUUAAAAAAAAAAAAAAAGUAUUCAUUUAUAUGCUUAAAAAUUAGGUCACUGACUACCUUUGAUUCUCAGGAGGAAGUGUCGGUCUUAGGUUGUCAACGGUUCCUUUUAGUGCAGUAGACUUCUGAAAGACGAAAGCACUGAUCAGUCCAACAAAUUACAAACCAGAACCACAAUAGACUUUUUUCUUUCUUUUUUUUUAUGUUUUAUAUGACUCCUCACACCACUAUUUAAUUUUGGAAAUAGUUUCAGCACGACUGGUUGAAAGCAGGCAGGGUUACUAAUUUUCACCAGCAAACCCAAAGGGCUACACAGAUGAUGACCUUUACAGACAGGUGGGGGAAGCAGAGUAACUUUCUUUCAACUUAAAGACAUUAUUUUGAAGCACUCCAGUGUUCAUGUUGGCGACUGUGUGGCCUGGCAAUAAUGGCAGCUCCUCAUCCAACAGCUCAGUGUCCCAGCACAUUAUCCUGGCAGAGGACGCCCUGCUUGUGUUUCAACGUCAGCUAGACAACGGUUCAUCACAGUAUAUCAGAUAAAACCCAGUGGUGUGUUUGUAUUUUUUACCUUCCCAAGUUGCUCUUUAACAAACGUGUAAAUACUUCACUAUUUCAACCAUGCACGAAUGUUCAUUAAUUGGCUUGGAGUAAUAACUGUUUUGUGAUUAAGAAAGUGUUAGUUUGCCCGAGUACUGCUGUGGUGAAUUGUCAGCUAUAUUUAAAUGUGUGGAGAGUUUGUGCCCUCCUGUUUUACUGUACUUGAUACAUAAAUCUAGCAGAAUGCAAGCUUUGAGUUUACAGUAUAACCUAUAACAGACACUAUAUUUUUAUCGCUUUAUGUUGCAGGUUGUAUAUCAGGUCUUUUAUUAUUAAACCAACAAUGCAAAUGCUUUGAGACAUUUUUGAAAUGUGUUGUCUUUUCUAUCUUACAGUUUUUUGAUAUUUGUGUUAAAAUACUAAAUGUAUUUUUUUUGUCUCAACUCUAUUAAAGUUAAAGAAGCUGGUGUAUGA